UCCUUUUUUAUUAUAAUGACCAGUUCUGAUCAACUAAAGAGAGGUUUCCUAAACCGUCUGUGUGUGGCAGAUAGCCGUGCUCUGGCUGUAGGAGGAAUGGCCGCUGACCUGCUCCCUCGCAGCGUCCUGCAGCAGUACGACCUCAGGAAGGACGUCUGGGCGCUACUUCCUCCCAUGCCGACUCCUCGCUACGACGCCAACUGCCACCUGCUGGGCAGCAAACUUUAUGUUGCAGGUGGUCGCCAGUGUAAGCGGCCAGUGAAAGCUUUUGAGGUGUACGACACAGAAGCACGCUCCUGGACCUCGCUGCCUGUUCUGCCAUGUAAGCGCACCUACGGGGGUGUGGUAUGGGACUCUGCUGGGAGGCUGUGUCUGCUGGGAGGAUUACGGCAAGGCGGAGGACACCAGAGCUCCAAGUUCACCAAGAACGUCAAUAUUUUUGAUACCAAUCAAGGCGCCUGGCUGAAGUCCGAGGAGACGGUGGCGUUGAAAACUAAGAGAGCAGACUUUGCUGCCGCCUUCUUGCGCGGCAGGAUGGUGGUUGCAGGUGGACUCGGUCACGAACCCUCGGCGUUGGACACGGUGGAGGCGUUUAACCCUCAGAAAAAGAAGUGGGAACGUUUGGGUCCCAUGAACUUCCCCAGAUGCUCCGCCUCUUCCAUUGUCAUCAGAGAUCGCCUCCUGGUGGUGGGAGGAGUUAACCAGGUUAAAAACUACUCCACACGCUACUCUCCGUCGUGUGUUCCUAGCUCAGCCCAUGAGAUCCUCUACGUCAAAGAAGAAGAGUAUCUGUAGCGCGGUGCGACCGACGGCAGGUGACUGCUGCGGAUUCCGCCUCUUUCCUCAAUCAGACUCCACAGCACAGAAAGCAGCAUGCGAUGUAACAGGUAACACUGCCCCCUGCUGGAAGUAGCUGAGCAACGCGUCUGCGCGCGCAUAAUGGAGCGCCUGACUCCAUCUUUGGAUGGAGAUUUAGUUCCUGUAAAGGUGGAAUUCUUCUGGAAGUUUCUGUUUCCCCUCCUCCCCCCCCCCAUGCCUGGUCUUGUAGACGAACCAAUAUGGGAGAUCUGUUUUACUGCUGAUAUGUAUUUCAUCUUGUGUCUUCGUUCUUUACUUUAUGUGAUUUAGGAACUAUAGAUAAGGUGGAUUUUACAAAACAUUUGAUCUUAGUGAGAUGAUGUGACAACGAUAUUUGUAGAUUAUUUAAUCAUACAGAUAAUACAGGGUUUUUUGUUUGUUUGCUUGUUUGUUUAAGUAACUUCCAGGUACUGUUAAAGGGGCAGUAUAAUGUAAAAUCGAC